GGGACACUACGGUAUGUGAGGGGAUGCUGAGGACAGAAGAGAAGGAGAGCAAUGGGCUGAGAGAGGAGAAAUUGGAUAUUUAGGUGCCACCUCAGCACAUCUCUGUAGACAGACUCUGGCAUCCCUGCCCCGCGUUAGUGCUUCCCACAGAAGCCUGACCUGUGCUGGGAGUGGUGGCGUCUGAAAAGAAACCCGAGCUCCUGAAGUUAAAGCCUCGCCAAGGGGACAUGAUAAAGGUCUCCAGCGAGUGGGGAGAAUAGAGCGCCCAAGUUCUUGCACAGAAGACUGGAGAGCAUGGGGGUCUGGCCUUCCAGGUGGCUGGGCCUUCUGCUCCUGGUUUUCCUCUGGGGGUCCUCCUCUCCAGCUUCCCUUCUUAGGCGCCUGAGAGAGCACAUUCAGCAGUUUCAGGAGAGCUCUGGCCUGGGUCUGAGUCUGAGCCCCGAGGCUGUGGCCCUCCCCAAAGAGAAGUGGCUGGAGCAGCCACUGGAUCCCUUCAAUGCAUCAGAUGGGCGAUCCUUCCUGCAGCGGUACUGGGUCAAUGACCAGUAUUGGGCCAGCCAGGAUGGACCUGUGUUCCUGCAUCUGGGCGGUGAGGGCAGCCUGGGGCCUGGCUCAGUGAUGAGAGGGCACCCUGCAGCGCUGGCCCCAACUUGGGGGGCCCUGGUGAUAGGCCUGGAGCACAGAUUCUAUGGCCUGAGUAUACCUCCUGGGGGCCUGGAUAUGGCCCAACUCCGCUUCCUGUCCAGCCGCCAUGCGCUGGCAGAUGUGGUCUCCGCCCGCCUCGCACUCUCCCGCCUCUUCAACGUCUCCUCCUCCAGCCCCUGGAUCUGCUUCGGAGGCUCCUACGCCGGUUCCUUGGCUGCCUGGGCUCGGUUGAAGUUCCCGCAUCUCAUUUUCGCCUCCGUCGCCUCGUCCGCCCCGUUGCGGGCGGUGCUGGAUUUCUCCGAGUACAACGAGGUGGUGUCCCGCAGCCUCAGCACCCCGGCGAUCGGCGGGUCCCGGGAGUGCCUCGCGGCGACGUCGGCGGCCUUCGCUGAGGUGGAGCGGCGGCUGCGCGCGGGCGGGGCGGCGCGGGCGGCGCUGCGGGCGGAGCUGGGCGCCUGCGGCUCCCUGGACGCCGUCGAGGACCGGGCGGAGCUGCUGGGCGCGCUGCAGGCGCUGGUGGGCGGCGCGGUGCAGUACGACGGGCAGGCGGGAGCGCCGCUGAGCGUGCGGCGGCUCUGCGGACUCCUCGUCGGGGCCGGGGGCAACUGCAGCCGCCCCGCGCCCUACCACGGCCUCCGUCGGGCGGUGCAGGUUUUCACACACAGCCUGGGCCAGAGAUGUUUAAGCUUUUCCAGAGCAGAGGCUGUUGCCCAGCUGAGGGUCACAGAACCUCAAGUGUUCGGCGUGGGUGACCGGCAGUGGUUGUACCAGACAUGUACUGAGUUUGGCUUUUAUGUCACUUGUGAGGUCCCUAGAUGCCCUUUCUCCCAGCUCCCAGCGCUGCCUUCCCACCUAGAACUAUGUGAGCAGGUGUUCGGGCUCCCAACCUCAUCCGUAGCCCAGGCUGUGGCCCAGACGAAUUCCUACUAUGGUGGCCAGACCCCUGGGGCCACCCAGGUGCUGUUUGUCAAUGGGGACACAGACCCCUGGCAUGUGCUAAGUGUAACCGGCAACUUGGGGCCCUCAGAGACCGCCAUUCUCAUUCCUAGUGGCUCCCAUUGCUUGGACAUGGCACCUGAGAAGCCCUCAGAUUCCCCCAGUCUCCACCAGGGGCGCCAGAACAUCUCCCAGCAGCUGCAGACCUGGUUCAGGCUGGCAAAGGAAAGUCAGGUUAGGGUUGCAGUCUGAGCAUCACACCCUUGCUACUCUGCACAGCCGCCUCGGUCCAGGUUGUAUUCACUGAACAGGAGAAAGAGGAAAUUCUCAAGAAUUGGGAUUCAGCACCUAGGUUCUGCAUAUAACUCACUUAUGUUUAAACAAUCUCAUUUCCAACUGAAAGUGCUUUGUUACAAAUAAUUAUUAAAAAAAGAAAAAAAACAAUUAUGUAAAUACAAGUGGAUAAUUAUUCUCAUUAUGAAUAUUGGCAUUUUGAAUGUCCAUUGUCAAAGAAAUAUAGACCCUCAUGUUUAUGCCCUCCCCUGCUAAUAAUCAUUUCCCAGGUAAAAUUCUGCUUAGCUACUGGGUUGGGCACCUGGUCUCUCUUUGGACCUCAGACAACUGUCACAGCUUCUCACUGUGCCCCUCUCUUUCUCUCAUUCUCUAUUUUUUGUCUCUCUUUUUGUUUCUCAAUCUCCUCCUGUUUCUGAAUAUCUUUGUUUCUCUCUUUCUCCAUAUCUAAGUCUAUUUGUCUUUUAUUUUUGUGUCCUAGUCUAUGCCUCUGUCUCCAAUUCAGACAUAACUCUCUCUCAGAGUAAGAAUUCUAAAGGUCUUGUGAAUAUGUCUAUUCUC